GCAAACAGACCCCUGGACAUGGAGUGACCACCACUACAUACAGGAUUUCAUAAACCACAGACUUGCAGUCGGGUUCACGCUGUGCUUGUGGGAGUGGUGGGAGAACGCGUCAGAGGGAGGUUUCAGCGUGUUGGGGCAAGAUACACCGCCUCUCUUUUGCCUUUACUUCAACAUUAGUGUUUAAGGAAACUGUGGAGUGCCUCUGAUUGCUGACAUUUUGACUUAUUCUCACUUUUUAUCUCCAUAAUGGAUCAUGUGCCAAGAGUCUAAACGAGAAUGCAGGACAGCUGGGAUUCACAGACAAACUCAGCGAGCGAGCUCAAUGAUAAAUACACAUCUGAAGGUACAGUCCCAUCCUGGUGGGUUUUACUUAAAUAACUGUGUAUACAGGCCACCUUUGAAAAGAAUACAAAAAGGACCAUCAUUGCUCUCCUGCUUCCUUGACUGCAUUCUUAGGGAAUUUUCCAGAUGAACGAAAAGCAGUGCAGAAGAGAACCUUCACCAGGUGGAUGAAUGUGUUUCUGCAGAGACGGGACCCUCCUAUUGAAGUGCACGACCUGUUCACAGACAUUCAGGAUGGCAAAAUACUCAUGGGCCUGCUGGAGGAGCUGUCUGGGUGCAGACUACUUUAUAGGUUUAGGUCUUCCUCUCAUCGCAUCUUCAGACUUAACAACAUUUCCAAGGCCUUGGUCUUUCUGGAUGACAGACAUGUAAAGCUGCUUGGCAUUGAUGCUUCUGGAAUUGCUGAUGGUAAACCAUCUGUUGUUCUUCACCUUGUUUGGAGCAUCAUCUUGCACUUUCAGGUAAAGGAGGUGAUGGGAGGCCUCCAGAAGCAUUUGUCUUCCAGCCUUUCCGCCUUGUCAAUGAGCAGUUAUCCAUCCUCUAAUGACCUCUCACCCCAGCCAAGUGACCCUGGCACAUACUCUUGCAGCACUCUGCCAAGUAAAGGCAGGAAGGCUGGCAGGGAAGCAAAGUAUCAUGGGAAAGCAAUCAAGGUGCUCCUGCAAUGGGUCCAAAGAUGCACAUCAAAGUACGGGGUGGACGUGAAGGACUUUGGGAAGAGCUGGAGGAGCGGCUUGGCAUUUCUUGCUUUGGUUAAGUCCAUAAACCCAGUCAUGGUUGACCUGAGGGAAAGCUUUCAUCGAGAUCCAGUGGAAAACAUCCGGCAGGCUUUCAUGAUAGCCCAUCACAGCUUGGAUGUACCGCCACUGCUGGAGCCUGAAGAUGUGACGUGCACUUCACCAGACGAGCAGUCCAUCAUCACCUACGUCUCCAUGUUCCCAAAGUGUCACUCAGGCAUAGAUGAGGCUCCCACACCAGAUAUUGACGUUCCCGAGAUUCCCAGUUUUGGAUCACUUGAGUCAGUCAGCUUUGAAGAGACUGACGCUGAUGUUCCAGAAGUCCAGGUGUUGCUGAAAGGCUUGGAGAAGAGCAGCGAGCAGCUUCUGUGGAAGCGUUGGUCUCAGAGAUCUUCAGGAAGUCCCCGCUCUCCGUCCUUUCACACAAAUGGAACAGCUACCUCCGACCAGCCUGCUGGGACUGCUUCAGACUCACAUUACAAAAAAAGGAAAGGCAGUGCACGAAGCACUUUACAGCCACCCAGUCCUCUGGAUGCUGGCAUAGUCAGCCAGGAGGUCCAGCUGUGGUUGGACAGUGGACUGGAUCAAGGCUACGACAAGCGACGAGCACAAAGCUGCUAUUCUUUAAGCUCCGAGGAAGGAAUCUACAGCUUACCAUCGCUGGAUUCAGAUGAGGAGGAUGCAUAUAGCUACAUCCUAGAGCUGAAUAAAGAUGUGUUUCAACCAUAUAAUCAGCUGAAAAGACAAGUACCAAAGGUCAAAGAGGAAACAGCAGAGGAAAUGAAAGAAGAAUCCAAAUAUCAGGAAGGCUCCUUUUUACAAAAGGCUGAUUUUGAGCUUGAAUCAGCCCAGUCAGCGGUGCACAGGAAGUUUGAUUUUGACAAAAAUGAAAGAAAUCUCAGCAAAAUGACACACGGUGGAGCAGCGCUUGACUUUAAGCCAGAGGGUGAAAGUAGAAGCACAGAGGAGCAUGAAGAGCAGCGGGCUAAUAGAGGACAGAGCAAUGAUGAUGGUGAUUAUUGUGAGGAAGAAAGGGAGAAAAAGAUGGAAAAUGCAAAAAUGUUCAAGAAUGGGGUCGACAAAACAGAGGACAAUGCAGCGGAAGCAACUGUUGAAGUGGCCCGUUGGCAGGAAGACACCGAGGACGGAAGAGAUGCAGAGCUUUCCAAAAAACAUGGACAGGUGGGAGGACAGGAUGUAGGGAAUGAAGGCCAAGAUGCUGCUGUGAUGAAAGAAGAUGGGAAGAGCCAGAAAAGUACAAAUUCAGAAAGUUUUAAGGGUGAAGUAAAUGGAAAAAUAAUAACUGAUGAGGCUGCCUGUGAAGUCAGAAGUGACACAGAAGAAGAAAGUGGCAGGAAGUGUAAAGAAGAAAAAAUGAGAGACACUGAUGAAGUUAAAUCAGCAGCUGGAGAGGAGAUGACGACAACAACGACAGAGCACGAUGGGGAGGAGAGUCCCAGAACACGCCCACUCGGAGGUGUCUGGCCUCCUGCCUGCAGGUCAACCCCUCGGUCACCCAGCAGUGACGAAGGAUCCCUUCUUCAGCCUUCAGCAGCCUCUUGUGGAGUGACCCUGUCAGAGCUGGAAAUGCUCUUGGUCUGGUGGGUCCUGCUGUACUGCUGCCUCAUCCUCAGUCAGAUGAACCUCUGAGUCACUGCAGCACAAGCUUCUUAUUCCGACAUGCUCAUGAGCCCAGUUGCCACUAAUGAGACAAACAGGGACACAUAAGGCUGGACCGACUCUUCAUCUGUGACACAGUUUCCUAAAGACGCCAUUUAAGCAGAUCCACAGAAUAAUCUGAUAAGACUCAGGGCCGUAGUUUCAGAUAAAGCUAAAUCCUGUAAUCCCCGUUGUUACACAGACUUUCAGCUGCUCGGUCUUGCACCGCACUUAUUAUCAGAAAUGGUUUGGGGGCUUUUUUUUUUUUUUGCUGAACACAUGUCCAAAAAUUGAUUUUCCUAGAAAAAUUACUCCUUUUUGAAAUUCACCUGACAAAAUCGACCACACGGUGGCACUGCAGCAUCGCAGCGACCUUCUUAUUUGUCUAUACAGCAUUCUGUUGCCUGCUGAAGAUCCCGUGUGACCUGCUGUUUAAUUAGAAGCUGUAUUGACAAGUGAAGAUUAAGCUGAUAAUACUUAAUGAGCACUUUGGCAUUUCACAGACUCUCACUGUGUCACUUAUGGCUUAGACUGUGGACCGCUUUAUUGUCUUCAUCUCGGAUGCUGCCUGAGUUCAAGCUUAUUUUUACCACAGGCUUUCUCCGGGAUAAUUUUUGUGACCAUCUGAUACAAACAAUAAACCAGCUGCUUGAUGUGUGUGCAUGUGAUCCACUCAUCAACAUAGAAUAGAUGUUGUCAUUUUAAGCAGUUUGGACUAUUAGGUAAUGCUUGUUGGAAUACCACAGUGACAACAGAGCGACACAGGAGUAUGCAUUAGUUACGUAAGUCAUCAAAAUCCACGUUGAAGAGAAAGUGUAUUAAGUUGGGGGUCGAGUGAGUAUUCUCUGUCCUCUCUGCCCCCAAAUACUCAAACAUUCACUGCUGGUCAAAUUCUAAGAAUUUAAAAACACACUGCCGUUGUUUGCUUAGAGCAUUACCCCUGAGUCGAAAGCUCAGCCCUGGAGAUCGAUAUACUUUCAACACCGCCACCCCCACACCGAGCCACGAGAACAACACUCCCCCAAAGCAAGGGGUUUGUUGGUCUUAUGUACGGUCAAGCCAGGAUAGCAAGAGAAGCAGCAACGAUGCCUGCUGUAUGUAGUUUUAUAUAAAUAACAGUGCUAGUGUUGCUAACGUGUCCCUCGGCGUUUAGAUCAGCUGUACCGAGGCCUGAAACUCUUGAGCGAAGGGAGAGAGAGGCCGAUCAGCUGCAGCAGCUCGGUACAUCAGCCCUAAACACGGCCUCGACCUUUGAACCGUAUCGUGACCCGGCCAGCAGAACUGCUACUGAGCCUGACGUCCAGCAGCAGCAUCAGCGCAGCAUCUUGUUCUCACCCUCGGGCCUGGGUCAGCUCUGGCUCAGCUUGCCCAGCUUCUGGGUCUGAUAACCAGAGCCGGCCCCGGAGGCCCCAGGGAUGGUGGCCGACUAGACAGAACACAGCCUGAAGGCCACCAUAUCUGCUCUCACAGAUUUGUAAUGCAGCCUCAUCUCCAGGAGGGAGGGAUUGGAGGUGGGCUUCAGAAGGCGACUGGGGCUGGAGCCAGGACAGAUGCUGGGAUUGGUGGUGCCACAGCAGGAGUGGCAAAUUGGACCUCAGGCAGAUGAUGGUGCAAAAAAAAGAACUGGGGGUCAGUUAAGAUUGCGUAGCAGCCUACAUGUUGAUGGACGAGCUACACUACACCAUACAAAUUUAUUUUCCAGCUCUCAUGAAUCUGAGUCCUCUGUCUGCACCGUCAGCUCUGAGACUUGGAGGAAAGACCUGCAGCCCUCUGACAAACUAUUAACAAUCAUGUGUAUUUCAAAGGUAGCUUAUAAGUAUUUAUGCUUCAAAGAUUAUACUUGCAUGUUUUUAUCCAUGAAGAUGUGGUUAGAGUAUAAACCAAGUGUUUCUUUAUAGGAAUGAAGCUUUGUUAUUAUGUGUUGAUCACGUCAAUAACAAACACAUCAGGUAUUCAACCAUUUGAAAAGCCCCACACAGACCUUCAGGCUGAAUGCUGCAACCACCUCACUGCUCCUGGUUUCCCAAAGCAGACCUGCGGCCCUUGGAGGACCAGCUGGGAAUGCAGCUGGUUAAACAAGAAUAAAAUUCAAACCACAGCACGUCAAUCUACCAGCGAUACAUUGGGCUGUGAUUGAGUCAUUUUGCAUCCCCGUUGGAACAUCUCCCAACAGUGCUGAAAUAUUUUACUUAAAGGGGAUGCAGCAUGGUGUAUUUAAGUGAUGAAGUGAAUACAGAAUCUAAAAUAUCCAAGUAGUAUUUUAGGCACAGAUUUAUGAUAUCCUACUGCAGCACAUCAAGAUGUUUGACUGAAUCUGUGUCAUUUUGCAUCCUUUCUUCAUACAGAGAUUCAAAGUAUUCAAAGUUAACACAGCGUAGGAGGACUGUUUGUUACCCAAAGAUACUUUUACUUCAUGGCUCCAUCUUUCUGAAUAUGAA